GUGUGUGUGUGUGUGUGUAGGUGUGUGUGCGUGAGUGUUUUGCACACGCUCUGCUCUCUGUAGUUGUUCUGUCAUCCACAGCCGCAGAGGAAAUUCUCUUUCAGACUUUCAGACGCAGCGUGUUUGUGUUUAAAUGAGUUUGUUUUCGGACGUGUGCGGGUGACGUGUUUUACGAGAAUCUGAACUCUUCUGCUGGAUUAACAGUUUUUGGAUCAGUGUUUGUUUGCUGCUGGUGUUUACUGUGAUCGCCAUCAUCAGUCGGUUUGAUCUAAUCUAAUGUUACCCGUUUAACCGGAGCCAGAUUGACGGACCUACUGAAAACAGAUGCGGAUCCCGAACGGGUUAAUUUAUGAUGGAGCUGUUUGUCCGUUUAUAAACCAGAAGAUUUUGAAGCUGUGGGAAAGCAACGGAACUGGAAACCCAUCUCUAGAUCGCUGAACAAAGUCAUGUUUGGUUUGAUCUGUGUCUCGUGUUCUGUUCCGGUCUGAAGAGUCACUGAAGGAGCCUUUAACUGUUUGUUUGUUUGUUUGUCUGGUCAUGUGUUCACUGAAAGCUCUUCAGGACUGGUGUGGAGAUGUCUGUGAAGGUUACUCUGAUGUUCUCAUCACAGACAUGAGCUCCUCCUUCACAGAUGGACUUGCUUUCUGUGCCAUCAUCCACAAACACAGACCUGAUCUACUAGAUUUUCACUCCCUGUCCAAACACAACAUCUACGAGAACAUGCGUCUGGCGUUUGAUGUUGCGGAGCGUGAGCUGGGAAUUCCUGCUCUUUUAGAUCCGGAUGAGCUGGUGUCUGUGGAGAAGCCGGAUCUACUGUCCAUCAUCACAUAUGUCUCUCAGCUAUACUGUUUCUUCAGAGGAAACUCUUACGUCGGUCAGAAGAUUCCUGUGAACAAAGAAUCCAGCAGCACCAAAACACAAAAACAGACACACACUCAGUUCUCAUCAGACGUGGUCAGAUCUUCAGAUAAAAGUGUCUGUAGUGUCUGUCACACACGUGUUCAUCUCAUUCAGAGGGUUUUGGUGAAGGGACAACUGUAUCACCGCUCCUGCUUCAGAUGCAGUCGCUGUCGUCGCUCUCUGCUGCCGAUCUCUUUCACAGUGAACACUGAGACGGGUUCACUGCAGUGCAGUUAUCCCUGCAAACCUGCUUCUGGUCACGACCGGCCCGCAGAUCAAUACUCACAGAACAACACCAGUGAGAUGGACAGAGACAGAAGUGAGAUGGACGGAGACAGGAGUGAGACGGACAGAGACAGGAGUGAGAUGGACAGAGGCAGGAGUGAGAUGGACAGAGACAGGAGUGAGACGGAUGGAGACAGGAGUGAGGCGGACAGAGACAGGAGUGAGAUGGACAGAGGCAGGAGUGAGAUGGACAGAGACAGGAGUGACACGGACGGAGACAGGUGUGAGACGGACAGAGACAGGAGUGAAAUGGAUGGACACAGGAGUGAGACGGACAGAGACAGGAGUGAAAUGGAUGGAUACAGGGGUGAGACAGACAGAGACAAGAGUGAGACAGACAGAGACAAUGAGACGGGCGAUGACAGGAUUGAGAUGGACUUAUACAGGAGUGAGACAGACAGAGACAGGAGUGAGACGGACAGAGACAUGAGUGAAAUGGACGGACACAGGAGUGAGAUGGAUGGAGACAGAAGUGAGACGGACAGAGACAGGAGUGAGACGGACAGAGACAGGAGUGAAAUGGAUGGACAAAGGAGUGAGACGGACAGAGACAUGAGUGAAAUGGACGGACACAGGAGUGAGAUGGAUGGAGACAGAAGUGAGACGGACAGAGACAGGAGUGAGACGGACAGAGACAGGAGUGAAAUGGAUGGACAAAGGAGUGAGACGGACAGAGACAUGAGUGAAAUGGACGGACACAGGAGUGAGACGGAUGGAGACAGGAGUGAGACGGACAGAGACAGGAGUGAAAUGGACGGACACAGGAGUGAGACGGAUGGAGACAGGAGUGAGACGGACAGAGACAGGAGUGAAAUGGAUGGAGGCAAGAGCGAGACAGAUGGAGACUGGAGUGAGACGGACAGAGACCGGAGUGAGACAGAUGAAGACAAAAUGGAUAAUGGACGUUUAUCCACCUCAUUAGAGAGUGACAUACAAGAACCUCCCAAACCUGCUCCCAGAAAGAGGGCGGAGCCUCAGGACCCUCUUCGCCCCACCCCCAGAUCACCAGAUCAUCGCCCUGAAAACGUGUCGUCUCAGAGCACUGUCCGUAAGGAACAUCCCUGGAUGAAGCUGGUUGAUCCUGGUCCUUGGUCUCAUCUUCCUGCGGCUCCAUCCUCUCAUUCCCGCCACUGGCCCAUGACCUUUAACCCCUUCCUGCAGGACAAGUCCAAGGAUAAAGAGAAAAACCCCACCAGCUGCGAAGCCUCAGUUGCACACAAAGCCUCAUCUUCAGUUCCCAGCAUGCACCAGACUGUAGCUUCUGUUCAUGGUUUUCCGCUAAUAAAGAGGAAGGUGAUCACAGACACACGUGUGUCAGAGAAGCAGGUGUGUGUGGAGCAGAAGAAGCUGGAGGAGCGUCUGCUGGAGCUGGAGAGGAGAGGAGUGCAGCUGGAGACCGAGAUGAGGAGAUGCACCAAUGAGAAUCUUCUUGUCGACUGGUUCCUUCUGGUUCAUGAGAAGAGCAUGUUAGUGCGCAGAGACACAGAGCUGGUGUAUAUGGUGAAGCAGCAGCGUCUGGAGGAUCAACAGGCCGAUGUGGAGUUUGAGAUCAGACGCCUCUUUAACAAACCAGAGCAGGACUGGAGCUCUGACGACAGACAUCAGGAACAUCUGCUGAUGUCACGCCUGCUGUCAAUCAUCCAGCAGAGGAAUGACAUCAUCAGCAGCCUGGAUCAGGACAGGCAGAGGGAGAAGGAGGAGGACACGAUGCUGACCGCUGUGAUCCAGAGGAUGGAGUUCCUGACGCAGACGGACACACAGCUGGACAAAUGCAGCAGGAGCUUUAAACGCCUUCAGAUGUUCAAGAAAUCCAGCUGUAAGACUGAAAACACCAGCAGAAGAAAGAAGAAAAACAGCUGAAGAACGGAAAGAGCAUGUUCAUUAAAUAAUGUCCAAAAACUGAAAAUAAACCCAGCCAUCAGGACAAACUGAACUGUGUAUUUCGAGCUGUAUAUAUACUGAGUUUAUAAGUGUGUAGCAUGGCCACAUCUUAACAGUAUUUAUCAUUUAGAUCUACCAUUUUCAUACUUAUUUAUUAGCUAAGAUGUCUUGAGCAUUAGUUAUUGCAUGUGUCCCAGUCUAACCAUGAUCUCAUCAUUGCCAGUCCUCCAUCUCUUUCUGUUGUCUCUCCUCGUGGGAAGAAAAACAAGCUUUUCCCAGCUUUAAAUCAGAUGAACAGAUUGCUUAGGGUUUGAGUCAAUGUUUUGAAGCGCUGGUGACUCCUGCUGGUCAGAAUAGAGUAAAUGAAACUAAAAUUCAGCCCAAGCUCAGUGAAUUAAUCUACAAAUCAUUAAAUGGCAUUAAAUAUGACGUUUCUGUAAAAUGUUCCUUGUUUUGUGUGUUAUUAGUCGGGCUUGAAAGUACAUAUCACUCUCAUCUCUGUUUUAUACAUGCAUUCAUAUUAAAAAUGAACCUACCUUUAUAAAACUGAACAAAGACGUGUUAAAACAUCGGACACUCGUGGGUUCUCCAGCUCAGUGUCAUAUUAAAGUGUUUUCAGAUCACACGAUGCAGUGAAGCCUCAUUUCCUAAAGUCACGUCACUUGCUGAGUUUGAUUGCAAGCUCUUGAACCACUGAUCUGAAACAAAAGACUGUAAAUGUGUAGUGAAUAACAAUAUAAAACAGACAUUUACAUCAUUUCAUGCUUUGAGGGAAGCUGUGGUUCUUCGGGGCUGUGUGUGGAGACCAGGUUUUGUAACAACACCAUUUCCACAUCAGGUAUAAUCUAGGAGUCCUACGAUCAUUUCAGUAUUCACUCACUUCCCCACUGGUCGUAUGUGAAUGACUGUCAAGGCUGUUAAUAGAUAUAUGCAGAUUUUAUAAAGAAAAAACUAUUUUUUUUUAUUGCAUUAGAAUAAGCUGUAGAUUCUCGGGCAUGAUGCAUUGCUGAUUUUAAACCAUUAUGCUAAUAAAGCUAACUAAACAUUGGACAACAGGGGUGGGGUAAAUUGUAAAACAUUUUUGCAUCUUCUUAUAUAGACCUUAGAACUUUCAUUUUGUUUAUAUGGUGCUUUUUUGGCAGCUCAAGAAAGUGAGCCAUUGUUUUGUAUUGUUCUUAAAGAUUGUCUCAAUAAACCUGUUUCUGAAUCAC